UCGUCAGAUCGACCCAUGAGGACCGGCCUCACAGGCUCAAAAAAAUUCAGCGGCAGCCCUUCCCGGACCCUGGGAGCUCGUGCUCCGCGGCCGCGCCCUAGGCCGCGACGAGAGCACGGAGCUGGCAUCGGCGGCCGUGGCGAAUCGGCGGAGUCUGAGCGCGCGGCGCCGACUCCGGGGACCGAGCUGGUGCGUGCCGACCCGAGACCCCUGCCCGCCGCCGAGGCUCCUUCCCGCCCUUGAGACCUCUGUCGGCCCCGACGCCUCCGCCCGUCCCGAGGCCCCCGCCUGUCCCCGGAGGUCUCUUCCUGCCGCGCCACGAGGAUGGACCCAGCGCUCUCGGCGGUCCGGCUCACUGUCCGGGAAGCCAUUCACACCCUUUCAUCUUCUGAGGAUGGCAGCCUCAUUCUCUCCACCCUGGGGUCCCUGAAGCGCUAUCUUGGUGAAACGGAGAACCCAGCCCUCCCCAGGGAGCAGGAGGAAUUUGCCAGGGUCCACUUUUCCGCCUUUCUCAGAUGUCUUGUCGGCAAGCUGAGCCCGGACUGGCUGGAGCUGCUGCCCAAUGGCCAGUUGGAGGAGCUGUGGGCCAGCUUCUUCCUGGAGGGCCCAGCCGACCAAGCCUUCCUGGUGCUGAUGGAGUCCAUCGAGGGCACUGCCGGCCCGAGCUUCCGUCUGAUGAAGAUGGCGCAGCUCCUGGCCGGGUUCCUGAGCGCGGGCAGGAUGGCCGCCGUGAUGGAGGGGCAGUGUCGGCAGCACACGGAGCCGGCCUCACCCCUGCUCCAGGAGACGCUCCUCACCAGGGUGGUGGGCCUGCCCGAUCGCCUGGGCAACCAUCUGCAGCAGGAGAGCCUGGCUAUGUUCUUGCCCCAGAACUACGUCCCUCUGCUCGGCGAGGAGGUUGUGCGGGUGCUACAGGCCGUUGUGGACUCUCUCCGAGGUGGCUUGGACUGCUCCAUCUCCUUCGUGUCUCAGGUCCUUGGGAAAGCCUGUGUCCACGGGAGGCAGAAGGAGAUCCUGGGUGUGCUGGUGCCCCGGCUGACAGCGCUCACCCAGGGCAGCUGCCUCUGGCAGCGGGUCUGCUGGCGCCUGGUCGAAUGCGUGCCCGACCGGGCAAUGGAGGCUGUGCUCACAGGGCUCGUGGAGGCCGUCCCGGGGCCUGAAGUCCUCGCGCGACUGUUGGGAAACCUGGUGAUGAAGAGUAAGAAGGCCCAGUUUGUGCUGACUCGGAAGCUUCUGUUCUUACAGUACAGAUGCACGACGCCCACACUGCAGAGCCUGCUGGGGUACCUGGCCAUGGACAGCCAGCGGCGCCCGCUCCUUGUACAGGUGCUGAAGGAGCUCCUGGAGACGUGGGGCAGCGGCAGCGCUGUCCGCCACACGCCCCUGCCGCAGCAGCGCUACAUCAGCGAGGCCGUCCUCAUCUGCCUGGCGCACCUGGGGGAGGCGGAGCUCCGGGACAGCCGGGACGAGUUGCUGGCCAGCCUGAUGGCAGGAGUGAAGUGCCGCCUAGACAGCAGCUUGCCCCCUGUGCGCCGCCUGGGCAUGAUCGUGGCCGAGGUGGCCAGUGCCCGGAUCCACCCCGAGGGGCCUCCCCUGAGGUUCCAGUAUGAAGAGGACGAACUGAGCCGUGAGAUGCUGGCCUUGGCCACCUCCCGGCCUGCGGCUGACAGCCCUCUGGAGGCAGGCUCAUCUGUCACUCCAGUCACUGCAGAGACCCCUGACAAAGAGACUGAGGACGGUGGCGCCCCACAGCCACGGCCGGAGGGCUCUGAUUCCGAGCUGGACAGCGAUGACGAAUUUGUCCCUUAUGACAUGUCGGGGGACCGAGAGGUGAAGAGCAGCAAGGCGCCGGUGUACGUCCGGGACUGCAUUGAAGCUCUGACCACAUCUGAGGACUGGGAGCGCUGGGAGGCGGCCCUGCGGGCCCUUGAAGGACUGGUUUUCAGGAGCCCAGCUGCCACUCGGGAGGUGAGUGUGGAGCUGGCCAAGGUGCUGCUGCACCUGGAGGAUAAGACGAGCGUGGCAGGAUUUGAGGGGCUACGCCAGAGAGCCCUGGUGUCCGUCACGGUCACAGACCCGGCCCGGGUAGCGGAGUAUCUGACCUCACAGUUCUACGCUGUCAACUACAGCCUUCGGCAGCGCAUGGACAUUCUGGAUGUCCUGACUCUGGCUGCCCAGGAGCUGUCUCGGCCUGGGCGCCUCGGGAGGACUCCCCAACAUGGCUCCCCAGGUCCCACCUCCCAGCCUGGCAGCGCUGCGGCUCCUGCCUGGCGGGCAGUUGUGGAGGAGCGGAUCAGAAGCAAGACCCGGCGGUUCUCGAAGGGCUUUGCAAGGCAGGGACCGGCCACGGGCCCCAACAAAUUCAACUCGGUGGCUGGCUCCUUCUUCUUCCCUCUCAUUCAACAUUUUGACAGGCCUCUGGUGACCUUCGACCUUUUGGGAGAUGACCAGUUGGUUCUGGGGAGACUGGCCCACACCUUAGGGGCCCUGAUGUACCUGGCUGUGAAUACCAUGGUGGCUGUGCCCAUGGGCAAGGCCCUGCUGGAGUUCGUGUGGGCCCUUCGCUUCCAUGGCGAUGCCUAUGUGCGCCGGGGCUUGCUCUCUGCUGUCUCUUCCGUCCUCCUCAGCGUUCCGGCCGAGAGACUGCUGGCGGACCUGCCAGACGAGCUCCAGGAAGCCCGGUCCUGGCUGGCAGACGUGGCUGAGAAGGACCCAGAUGAGGACUGUAGGAUGCUGGCGGUGAAGGCGCUGCUGCUUCUGGAGAGACUCAAAGACAGACUCCUCCCACUUUCUUCUUAGUCCCCGGCACCUUCUCAGCGCCAGUCCCACUGGGAGAGGUGAAGGCUGGGCAGGCUGAGUGCAGGGCCCGAGGAGGGAUCCCAAAAGUCUUGUGGUUUUGUGGCCAGGCCACUUCGUGGGGUGGGCCGUCUGGUACGAGCGUGCAAGCAGGAAGGCCACUGCCCCCACUCCUGCCACUACUUAUAGCCUGGAAAGUCUGAGUGCAUAGCUACAGUCCCCACGAGGCCCUCUGGACAGUGCCCCCCACGGACAGAGCACCCUGAAGGUCGGGUCGGGUCCCUGAGGAGGGCCACAGGCAGGGCAGAACCCGCAGAGCGGUGGUUGCUGGAGGGAAGAGGGCACUGAUGUGCAGAGCUAGAUGCACAGAGUGGUGGCUCCUGGGGCCCCGUGGGCUUCCUAGUGUUAUGUCCCCAACCCUCUUCUCACUUAAAGGCAGGUGACUUUGGAAAACAACAAAAAAGGAAGAAUAAGAAGGAUCUGCAGGUGCUCAAGUCCAAGCUUUGCUUGUGUUCUCACUGCUCAGGCAGGGACCUUGGAGCCCAGACGAGCCGUCUGAAGGGCAGACCUUAAAAAUGGGGAUGGGAAGGGGACACAGGCCUCUGAGAAGCUAUGAGGAGAGUUUUGGGGCUGAUGGGUGGGGCUAGGAAUGGGAGAGCCUGAGGUCACCAUCCCCUCACAGUGGGAGCUGGUGACAGAAAGGGCAGGGCCUAAAGGGCAGAGCCAUGAGAGCUGCCGGGAGGCUGCCACGCAGAGGGAACUUGGCCACCCAGUGUCUCCUCACUCCAGCGGACAUCCGGUCCUGUGCUCAGGAGUGGGGUGUCCUGCCGGAAACUGUUGGAUGUACUGUCACAACCCACCCGGGUGCUGAGACGAGGUACAAUAAUAUACUAACAUUCUCAGUUCAUGAAGUUCUGGAAAUUUCUUAGGCUUUACAGGCUAUACUUGGGAAAUGUCAUGGGAAAAAUGGACCAACUCCCUCAGUAAAGGAGCUGAACCAAAAAUCCACAGGAGCCAGGAAUGCAGAAAGGAUGGCUCAAAAAUACAUACACACUGUCCCCUUUUAAGCAAGCAGCCAGUGCCCCUGGGGCCGCAGUGGUUGGCUGCAUCUUUCCAUAGCUCUGCCUAGUACUUAAACACAAAAGUUCUUUCAACAAGAGAGCCUCUUGCUACUACAAGUGAAUGGAAAAUUCCAGAACGGCU